GAAGGAUGGGGUUGCACGAGAGACGACCGCUGUCCACUGCACUUUGGUGCUGAACGCGAGAUCGCUGUAUUCCGAUUCAGUCGCUGUCAAUUACAAUUAUUCUUAAACUGAAUCUCCAAUCGCAUCUGUUUUCGUGUUGUUUGCGCAGUCCUACUUUCACACCAUUGUUUUUUUUUUGCUGACAGCUGUGACAAAGUCGACACACGGUUUGUCGACGUAAAGAAUGGACUUGGAAGAUAGCGACCAGGAGAAAGGGAUGGAAGAGGAGGUGGAGGUGGAGGCAGAGAAACCAGACGCUCAACUAAAGGAAGAGAAGAAGGUCAUGUCUGGCAAGGCCCCCAAAAAAUCAGCAGACCAAGGCACUGAAGAAGUGGCAUUCUGUUCACCCCGAGCUCACUAUCCAGAUAAAUACCAAAACAGAGCGGCCGUAAUUCAACUCUUACAUGAGGAAUUACGCAAGAGUCAACUUUACCCCUCAGGAAUGGAAGAGGACGCCUGCUUCCCAAUCCUCAUCAAUUUCAUGAGGAAUCUCACUGAUAGGCAGUGGAAGGUGAUUCAGGAGGGCAUGAGAAAUCCUACAACCAAAGUACAACUUGCCAAAAUGUGUAGGAAGAUAGCGAAAACGGUUUCCCACAUUGCAGUAGAGAUCCUCAUCCCGACCCUUGCACAAAUAUUAGAGCUGGAUUCCGCUGGAGAAGCUAGUUCCUCUCCCUCGCUGACUGGAUCAGAGUGCGCCAACAUUGGAAGCAUCCAGGAACAUGUGGUGAAAUUGAAUGAAGAUGGUCUACCUAAGAGGCCUGGCAGUGGCAGACAUUAUUACAGCUCCCACACACCCACUCCACGUUCUUCCACAAGUUCCCAGACGUCGUUGCAGAGGGCACAUCGAGUAGACGUUCGACUGACAGAUCCUCUGAAUGCCCUCUUUGGGAUCACAGAGGCCACAAUUCUCCAAACGCUGGGUGAUCAAUCCUGCUCACCUGGAUUGACCAGAUCUUUGGUCAGAGAUGUCGUGAGUCAGGUGAACUCUGACAUCUCACUGAUCAUCUCCUGUUCCAGCUCAGGUAAAUCAAGACCAGUGUUGUGUGACACUGGCAGGCGAUAUGCCAUGCAGGCCGCCCAGAAGCUGGUGUCUGUUAUCUGUGCCAAGUUGCGGAGGUUUGGAAUCACUGGACAGGCUGCGCCUCAAGCCAAAACCAAUCCAUCUAAGGAGAAUGUGGACAUUGAGGCUUCUCUUGCACCAUUGACAGGAGAGGUCAUGGCUGUUAUGGUCAACUCCAGAGAAUGCCAGGGAGGAGAGCAAGGAACAAUGGAUGUGCUUCGAGAAAUAACACACAAAGUAAAUGUUUUGGCUUCAAGGGAUAGUGUUGGUGGUCUUCUGGAAGACUCCCUAGCAGAGGAAAAAAAUCUGAAAGAGACUGUAUCCUCUGGCAGCUUGGUGAGUCCAAACAUCCUCAUACUUUCACCUUCUGAGAAAAAGCUUGGAUCUCCUGUAAUGACAACCAUAGAGAAAUUCUCCAGUGGUGAAUUGAAGUCAGAAGCCACUAACGCUAUUAGCGAAGUGCUCAUUAGGUCUAGCAGAAGUCUAUCUGCACAAAUGUCUGCUUGCACACCUGAGCAUUCAUGUAAUCUGGCCAGUGAAAGGAAUCUGCCAGCUAUGCCAGAACUUUUAACAACUACAAUUAAUGUAGGUUCUGAAGCCUCUGAAAUUAUGGAUUCCUUUCUGAGCGAUAUGACAUGUAUCGCACAAUCAGAUUUCACAAAAAUGAAAGCUCUACCAGCGGCCCUUAACCUUUCUAAAAGGUUGCAGAAUACGCUGAGGGGAUUUUACUCUCGACUUUUGGCCCCUAACAGCUCAGAACGAGACAAAGAGGAGAAUCUAGAGCAAGCUAAAAACAUUUCUGCUCCUACUUUGAUCCAAAAGUUAUUUGGAUCCAACAAGAAUGAGCGUAUGCUUCCAGGGAUCAUAUCACCAGGAGAAGUGGCUCUUCAUAGACAUCAGAGCGAAAGCUCCAGACCUAUGGCUCUUAGCCCUCAGAUCAUUCAGUUUCACCUCGACUCUACCACUAAGGAGGUUGUGAGCACAAUUGUGUCAUGUUACAAGCCAGAAGUUCCUGAGGAAGAAUUGACAUAUUCACAUGAAAAGAUGUCAUCGGAUACGUCCCUUUUGGCUACUGAGUUUGUGGACCAUGUCAUAGCUUGGUUAAAGGUCAUCUCUGCCGCAAGUUCUGCAACUUCUUCAUCAGAGAGUUUGUGCGUUUCUCCAAAUGCAUUAAUUUGCGAACUCUCCAGUGAAACGUUUCAGACACAGGCUGUGAAACGAGUGAAACAAGUCCUAAUUGAAUCUGUCAGGUGCUUUUCCAACUCAGGAAGUUCCAGCAUAUCAGAGUCCCACACUAGUCUGGUCAGUCAAUCAGAUUUUGGCAUUCAACAGGAUUCCUCCUCAACUUCCUUUAUGAGCAUGGACUCAUCCUCUUUUGGGGUUGUUGCAGCCGUUGUGAAAGACAUGAAGAGCCUGUUGCAGACCACCGAAUCAACUGAUAGUCUACAGCCAACUGAUUCUGCCCUUCUACAUGGCACCACAAGUUAUUCUGAGACAUCAAGCAAGAGCUGGCAAAGUGGUGUUGCCAUUUCUGACUUUAAACUUUGGUCUACAGCACAGACUAUUUAUAGGCACCUGCGGAACAACCUGAGAGAGUUUUUCAUCCGGCAUCAUCAACCAGAUGUAAAAACCACAGAUGCUAUCAUAAUGCAAGCCAAAAAAAGCAGCAGUCAAAUCUUGCUUGCCAUCCAAGAGGAAAUGACCAGAUCGGAGGAAUUGAUGACCUCACGGGAGCUGGUGCAACUCCAUGGCAUUGUGGGAAUGAUGCUGGAGGGUGUGGAGACAAUUUGCAGUGAGGAUGAUACAGAGCAAGAGUGGCAAGAGCUUCAAAGGCCUUCAACUUCUUUAUCUACUGCUUCAAAAGGCUCAAGGUCUCAGAGAUUGAGCAAUACUCACACUCUCCCAGGAACUCCAAUGUCAACUGAGUUACUGGACAGUAGCUUCCCUGUCAUUAGAAGCACAUGUAUUGAUGCAAGCGAUGAUAUUGCAUCCGGGGCCUCAUUGAGUGACCUAGGAAAAACCCUGAAUGGUGUGGUGAGCUUCAUCAUUGAACAUCUUGAUCCUGAAGUGAUGCAGCAGAUCACUUCUCCAGACUCUAAUCUAACAUCACUAGAAGAACUUAUCUCAAAGGAGAAGAUUCACUCAUUGUGCCAUGACCUUGUUGCUCAACUUGAGAGCCUCAUUCGGGAGCAGAACAGCAUCCCACUAAUCAAAUCGGUGGCAGUCGCUAAGUGUGUCUCUGACACAGUUUUGCUUAACCUAGCAAGGAGGGAAAACCAAGUGGGGAAACCGUUCUCCUCCAAACUCAUCUACAUGUUCGCUGAGGAGUUAGUGAAGCAAUUGCUGCUUCCUUUGAUCUUGCCUCCCUCAUUGUGGGAAAUGGAUCAGGAAGCUUCCCUUUACGAUGUUCCGUCGAGCUCAUCUAGUCACCGCAGCUCAAGUUCCACUACUUCUCUAGUGACUGUACUUGAUGGUAGUAGCUCUCUGGUGUCUGCUAGUUCUUCGCAGGUUUACGAUGACACAGUGAAUCUGUUCACAAGCGCGAUAUGUCACCAAGUGAUGGACAACAUUUCUGGAGCCUCUAGUCACACAGUGGAGGACAACAUCCAUGACAGAGAGGCAUCCAUCAUUGCUACUGGGUCUGUGGAGCAGGCCCAGAGUGAUUCCAGUUCUCCUCGGGCUGUGAAACAAGGCAAAUGGAGGUUCAGAUUCCUCCCAAAGUUUUCCAAGUUCAGACUCAACCUCAAGGACUUGGAAGAUAGCCACCAGGAGAAAGGGAUGGAAGAGGAGGUGGAGGCAGAGAUACCAGACGCUCAACUAAAGGAAGAGAAGAAGGUUAUGUGUGGCAAGGCCCCCAAAAAAUCAGCAGACCAAGGCACUGAAGAAGGUUCCUCAGUGGCAUUCUGUUCACCCCGAGCUCACUAUCCAGAUAAAUACCGAAACAGAGCGGCCGUAAUUCAACUCUUACAUGAGGAAUUACGCAAGAGUCAACUUUACCCCUCAGUAAUGGAAGAGGACGCCUGCUUCCCAAUCCUCAUCAAUUUCAUGAGGAAUCUCACUGAUAGGCAGUGGAAGGUGAUUCAGGAGGGCAUGAGAAAUCCUACAACCAAAGUACAACUUGCCAAAAUGUGUAGGAAGAUAGCGAAAACGGUUUCCCACAUUGCGGUAGAGAUCCUCAUCCCGACCCUUGCACAAAUAUUAGAGCUGGAUUCCGCUGGAGAAGCUAGUUCCUCUCCCUCGCUGACUGGAUCAGAGUGCGCCAACAUUGCAAGCAUCCAGGAACAUGUGGUGAAAUUGAAUGAAGAUGGUCUACCUAAGAGGCCUGGCAGUGGCAGACAUUAUUACAGCUCCCACACACCCACUCCACGUUCUUCCACAAGUUCCCAGACGUCGUUGCAGAGGGCACAUCGAGUAGACGUUCGACUGACAGAUCCUCUGAAUGCCCUCUUUGGGAUCACAGAGGCCACAAUUCUCCAAACGCUGGGUGAUCAAUCCUGCUCUUCUGGCUCACCUGGAUUGACCAGAUCUUUGGUCAGAGAUGUUGUGAGUCAGGUGAACUCUGACAUCUCACUGAUCAUCUCCUGUUCCAGCUCAGGUAAAUCAAGACCAGUGUUGUGUGACACUGGCAGGCGAUAUGCCAUGCAGGCCGCCCAGAAGCUGGUGUCUGUUAUCUGUGCCAAGUUGCGGAGGUUUGGAAUCACUGGACAGGCUGCGCCUCAAGCCAAAACCAAUCCAUCUAAGGAGAAUGUGGACAUUGAGGCUUCUCUUGCACCAUUGACAGGAGAGGUCAUGGCUGUUAUGGUCAACUCCAGAGAAUGCCAGGGAGGAGAGCAAGGAACAAUGGAUGUGCUUCGAGAAAUAACACACAAAGUAAAUGUUUUGGCUUCAAGGGAUAGUGUUGGUGGUCUUCUGGAAGACUCCCUAGCAGAGAAAAACAAUCUGAAAGAGACUGUGUCCUCUGGCAGCUUGGUGAGUCCAAACAUCCUCAUACUUUCACCUUAUGAGAAAAAGCUUGGAUCUCCUGUAAUGACAACCAUUGAGAAAUUCUCCAGUGGUGAAUUGAAGUCAGAAGCCACUAACGCUAUUAGCGAAGUGCUCAUUAGGUCUAGCAGAAGUCUAUCUGCACAAAUGUCUGCUUGCACACCUGAGCAUUCAUGUAAUCUGGCCAGUGAAAGGAAUCUGCCAGCUAUGCCAGAACUUUUAACAACUACAAUUAAUGUAGGUUCUGAAGCCUCUGAAAUUAUGGAUUCCUUUCUGAGCGAUAUGACAUGUAUCGCACAAUCAGAUUUCACAAAAAUGAAAGCUCUACCCGCGGCCCUUAACCUUUCUAAAAGGUUGCAGAAUACGCUGAGGGGAUUUUACUCUCGACUUUUGGCCCCUAACAGCUCAGAACGAGACAAAGAGGAGAAUCUAGAGCAAGCUAAAAACAUUUCUGCUCCUACUUUGAACCAAAAGUUAUUUGGAUCCAACAAGAGUGAGCGUAUGCUUCCAGGGAUCAUAUCACCAGGAGAAGUGGCUCUUCAUAGACAUCAGAGCGAAAGCUCCAGACUUAUGGCUCUUAGCCCUCAGAUCAUUCAGCUUCACCUCGACUCUACCACUAAGGAGGUUGUGAGCACAAUUGUGUCAUGUUACAAGCCAGAAGUUCCUGAGGAAGAAUUGACAUAUUCACAUGAAAAGAUGUCAUCGGAUACGUCCCUUUUGGCUACUGAGUUUGUGGACCAUGUCAUAGCUUGGUUAAAGGUCAUCUCUGCCGCAAGUUCUGCAACUUCUUCAUCAGAGAGUUUGUGCGUUUCUCCAAAUGCAUUAAUUUGCGAACUCUCCAGUGAAACGUUUCAGACACAGGCUGUGAAACGAGUGAAACAAGUCCUAAUUGAAUCUGUCAGGUGCUUUUCCAACUCAGGAAGUUCCAGCAUAUCAGAGUCCCACACUAGUCGGGUCAGUCAAUCAGAUUUUGGCAUUCAACAGGAUUCCUCCUCAACUUCCUUUAUGAGCAUGGACUCAUCCUCUUUUGGGGUUGUUGCAGCCGUUGUGAAAGACAUGAAGAGCCUGUUGCAGACCACCGAAUCAACUGAUAGUCUACAGCCAACUGAUUCUGCCCUUCUACAUGGUACCACAAGUUAUUCUGAGACAUCAAGCAAGAGCUGGCAAAGUGGUGUUGCCAUUUCUGACUUUAAACUUUGGUCUACAGCACAGACUAUUUAUAGGCACCUGCGGAACAACCUGAGAGAGUUUUUCAUCCGGCAUCAUCAACCAGAUGUAAAAACCACAGAUGCUAUCAUAAUGCAAGCCAAAAAAAGCAGCAGUCAAAUCUUGCUUGCCAUCCAAGAGGAAAUGACCAGAUCGGAGGAAUUGAUGACCUCACGGGAGCUGGUGCAACUCCAUGGCAUUGUGGGAAUGAUGCUGGAGGGUGUGGAGACAGUUUGCAGUGAGGAUGAUACAGAGCAAGAGUGGCAAGAGCUUCAAAGGCCUUCAACUUCUUUAUCUACUGCUUCAAAAGGCUCAAGGUCUCAGAGAUUGAACAAUACUCACACUCUCCCAGGAACUCCAAUGUCAACUGAGUUACUGGACAGUAGCUUCCCUGUCAUUAGAAGCACAUGUAUUGAUGCAAGAGAUGAUAUUGCAUCCGGGGCCUCAUUGAGUGACCUAGGAAAAACCCUGAAUGGUGUGGUGAGCUUCAUCAUUGAACAUCUUGAUCCUGAAGUGAUGCAGCAGAUCACUUCUCCAGACUCUGAUCUAACAUCACUAGAAGAACUUAUCUCAAAGGAGAAGAUUCACUCAUUGUGCCAUGACCUUGUUGCUCAACUUGAGAGCCUCAUUCGGGAGCAGAACAGCAUCCCACUAAUCAAAUCGGUGGCAGUCGCUAAGUGUGUCUCUGACACAGUUUUGCUUAACCUAGCAAGGAGGGAAAACCAAGUGGGGAAACCGUUCUCCUCCAAACUCAUCUACAUGUUCGCUGAGGAGUUAGUGAAGCAAUUGCUGCUUCCUUUGAUCUUGCCUCCUUCAUUGUGGGGCUUGGAUCAGGAAGCCUCCCUUUACGAUGUUCCGUCGAGCACAUCUAGUCACCGUAGCUCAAGUUCCACUACUUCUCUAGUGACUGUACUUGAUGGUAGUAGCUCUCUGGUGUCUGCUAGUUCUUCGCAGGUUUACGAUGACACAGUGAAUCUGUUCACAAGCGCGAUAUGUCACCAAGUGAUGGACAACAUUUCUGGAGCCUCUAGUCACACAGUGGAGGACAACAUCCAUGACAGAGAGGCAUCCAUCAUUGCUACUGGGUCUGUGGAGCAGGCCCAGAGUGAUUCCAGUUCUCCUCGGGCUGUGAAACAAGGCAAAUGGAGGUUCAGAUUCCUCCCAAAGUUUUCCAAGUUCAGACUCAACCUCAAGUGCUUCAGGCGGCGCAACAAAAAGCAGGUACAGCCCUCAGAGGAAGCCCAGGACCAGAUUAAGGUUCCCCAGGAAGAGGACCAUUGCAUAUUACCCAACACAGUGCCAAAGGCUGUCAUGGCUCCACUUCCAGAGAGUUGUCUCUCCACUUCUCAACCCAAGGAGAAGAAACACAAACCCUCCAUCUUUGUCAGGAUGUUCUCGGCCAUCAACAAAUGCUUUUGGAACACCUUAAAAUGUCAAUCUAACAAAUAACAACACUUUUAUUAAUAAAAUAAAGAUUUACUGCAUUCAAUUAAUUUCCUUGUUAUCUUUUCAUGUCGUUUUUCACAAAAAAGACACUGUAAAAUUAAAUGUAACUCACUUGGUUAAAUGUAUUUCAAAACAGAGUAUUCA